GUUAAAUUAGGUAAACAUGCAGAUCAAAAUCAAGACUCUCACUGGAAAAACUAUCACCCUGGAGGUGGAGCUCAAUGACACCAUAGAGACCGUGAAGGCUAAGAUCCAGGACAAAGAAGGCAUCCCUCCUGACCAGCAGAGGCUGAUUUUUAUUGGCAAACGGCUGAAAGAUAGCCAGACCCUGUCCGACAUCCAGAAGGAAACAUCCCUCCGCGUGGGCCUGCUUAUGUUGUUGAGUAAAAGAAGUAAAAGUAAAAGUGAUGACAUCAUAUAGCGACUUUUAGGGCAGCCAGUAGGCCCUGACAACGAGUUUCUCGAG